AUGGUGUCAAACAAGAUGGGACAUCCUCUUUCGUUCUGGUCAGCCGUCGAGGAACUCAAGGAAACACAGACUGCACGUGGACGCCAGCUGCUGGUUUUGCAGAUAUUCAAACGAUUUUUCAGCAGGGGUGCUAAACAAGGUUACCUGCUCGACUGUAGCGAUGACAUCAUCAGACAAAUCCCAACAAUGGAAAAAGUCCCAGCAAGUGUGAUGGUGUGCGCUCAGGCUAGUGUCUUCCGGUCAAUGGAGAGAAAAUGGUACCCUCGAUACUUGGAGACUUACCCCACUGACGCAGAGUAUCGCGAGUCUAUGAACGAGAGUUAUCCCCCACGUGCAAAUAUCUACCAGAUGAAGGACUUCGAUCCGAAAAUUGGGAAACCAAGACGUAUGCGAAGAAAAAAGACGAUGAACCUGUGGCAUGGUUUUUCGAACGCCAUUUUGGAUUUCCUGAGGGCUAUUAAGGAUCCGAAAGAACGUCGAUUGUUUGAGAUCUACUUGAAAUAUGAAACUGAUCGAGACCAGGAGGCUCCAACGAGUGCUUUGGAGAAGUCUCUGAUGACGUCCAGCUCUAUGGAAGUCCAGACAAGGGUAGUGAUGCGAAACCGACUGGUUAUCAUUAAUAAACUGGGAAAUGAUCUACUCUUCUGGAUAGAAGUCGAAAAGUACAGGAAACAGGUAGAGACACUGAAGACCUUGGAAAAUAUCUCCAAGAGUGACUCAGAUCUUCUAGUGGUGAAGGCUAGAGCCAUUAUCGAGAGUUUUCUAGUGUCAGACAUCUUACCACGUGUUCAGAUAAACAUUCCUAAUGAGCUAGGACACAGUAUUGGAAACAGUCUAAACUCUGCGGGGCCUGUGCGGGGGCUGUUCCACGAUGCAAUUAUCCUUCUUUUCCCAAUUUUGUACUACUUUUGGAAAAGGUUUCACGAGUCCUGGUUGACCAAUACGACUCCUGAAGAUGUCCUGGCGAAGAUAGAGUCACAGAUCAAACCCAAGCGUUCGUUGACACCUCACAGUGACAAGGAUUUACCCCCUUUCUUCAAUAUACGAUACUCCAAGGUGGAUGUAACAACACAGACCGUGUAUAUCCCCGAUGACGACCGAUUCAAGAUCUCUUUCUCCAUGGUUCAUGGCAUGAGACUUAUCUAUCCUAUUCCACGGGGACAGAAAACCGGCUUAGAAAAACACAGCACAUCACAAAUGUCUAAACGCGUCGUCAAGCCUAGUCAUAUGAGCGUCUCAAACCUGAAAAAAAGUGCCGGAGAAAGUAGAACAAAACUUCAAAAGCAAAGUUUAGCUGAGAAUACGACUACAUCUCCGAAGGCACAACGAAUGAACUUUAAAAUCCCGGUCAAGGUGCUGACUCCUCAGCAGGAAAGGGCUAAGAAACUGAGUCUUCUGGUGGAGGAACUAAAUAAACAAUCGAGUGGAAAAGCUAAGAAAAUAACCAAACCUCUCAGAUCCUUUGAUGCAGUAGUCAAUGCCGCUCUGUCGCUUAGAAAAGGAAACGUUUUUGCAGGCAUCGAUGAGUAG